AUGGCUGGAAAUUAUAGGUUUGAACUGGACCAAAAAGACAUAGUUAGAUCCUUGGUAACGACAGUGGGAAGUUUCAUUCAAGAUAGAUUGAUAGACAAAGAACAGAGAAACCAACACAAGGAACAAUGUGCAGAGAGAUUAGCAGCUGAGGAUGGAAAUUCUGAUAAAGACACUGAAGUCCGGUACUCUGAUCAAGCAGUUUUAGCCAAUCUGGAUUGGGGAAUUGAUGCCCUUGAAGAGGCAAUCAGCACAUCUAAUAUGGAAACCAAGAUGGCACGAUUGGACUAUGCGGAGAAGAUGUUACAAGUUUCUGCUAUGCUGAAUGCUUGUCAGAAAACUGCUGGAGUCCCUAAUUUCUAUCUAUCUGCUUGGGCACAUUUGAAUCUGUCCUACUUGUGGAAGUUAAGAAAUGAUAUUCAUAAUGCAGUUCUUCACAUUCUGGAGAUGUUUAUUGUGGAUCCAUUUUUCUCGCGUAUUGAUUUUGCUCCCGAGCUUUGGAAGCACCUGUUCCUUCCACACAUGAGCUCCAUUGUUGGAUGGUAUUCGGAGGAAAGGCGAAACAUAGUGAUGGAUGUGAUUCCAGACUCUUCCGACUUGUCAUUCACUGUGGAUUUUGAUAACUACUUCAAUGAAUCUUUAAUCUUGUCAGUGAGGCCGGAGCAAGCAGAGAGAAUUCAAGAAUUGGAGCAGCUUUAUGGGCAAUCCUUAGAUGAGAAUACUAGGCUAUAUGCCAAGUACUACAAGGACUGCAUGAAUUAUGAUUCUGCUACUAGUAGGAAGGUGAUUCCUAUGUUGCCGAUUGCAGAGGCACCUAUGACUCCUUUGCAUGAGGUGAGCCACUCAAUUCCUGAUUAUGUGAAGUUUGGUCCAAUCUUGCCCAAGAGUGCUGGCUUUUCUCUGGUUCUGAAAGCCAAAGAAAAUGCACGAGAAGCUUCUAGAUUGAAGGAAACCUCUACCUUCUCAGAAAACCUGGAACGCUCUGCUACAUGGGAUGCUCGGGAGGAAAUCCCUGGGGAGAGGGAAGAUAGAGACGAUGGUUCUGAUGCAUAUAUAGAAUCUAAGGAUAGUCCUCGAGAAAUUGUGUCUAAUAGUGGCUUUAGAACAGAAAAAGAUGAUGGAGCUAGUUCAUAUGUAUCUAAUAGCAGUACGGGAGUGAAGGACGAGGAAGCUACAUCAAAAAGACAGCUAGCGAUGGAUUACAUUUGCAGGCAAUCUCCUUCUAACAGCACGAUUAUGAAUUCUCCUAGAAGUCCUAGAAAGAUUUCAUCUCCAAAGGCAGGCAUAAAUUAUGAAAAAGGACCAACAUCUGUGUUGCGCCUCUUGUCCACCCGUGCCAUGGAUUCCAGAAUAUCUACUUCAUUGCCUGAUUCCCCAUCUUUUUGUAAUGAUAAUUCAAGCAUUAGCCCGGCAGACUCAGAUGGAGAAGUGACAGGACAGCAGAAAACUGCAAGGGAAAGUGUUGGGUGCGCGCAAAGUGUUAAGCAAGUAUUUCCAAAGAGUUUUCUCAAUGAAAGUGACGAAGGAAGCCAAAGCUAUGUAUCUUCCCCUAUGUCUGAGAUGUUGACUCCUCAGUCGAGACCUCCUAAGGAUUUUGUCUGCCCCAUCACUGGCCAGAUCUUCAAUGAUCCAGUCACCCUUGAAACAGGACAGACGUAUGAAAGAAAAGCCAUUCAAGAAUGGAUGAACAGAGGAAAUACGACAUGUCCCAUCACGCGGCAACCUCUCUCUGCCACUUCACUGCCGAAAACAAAUUAUGUUCUGAAGAGACUGAUCACUUCUUGGAAAGAUCAGCAUCCUGAACUUGCUCAAGAAUUUUCAUGUACUGAAACGCCUAGAAGCUAUUUGGGCAACUCUUCCCCGAAAGACAUGCCAUUAGAGUCCAUUCUAUCUCCGACUUCCAAUCUUCUCACACUCGGGAGCAUAAAUAAUGAAACCGAACGUAAACCUCGAAGGUUAAUGCGAGCUGCAUUAUCAGCAUCACCAACCAGUGUAAUCUCUCAAGCUGCUGUAGAAACAGUAAUCAAUGCUUUAAAACCUUACAUUCUGUGUCUGUGUAAUUCGGAGGACUUGCAAGAAUGUGAAGCAGCAGUUUUGACAAUAGCCAGGAUAUGGGAGGACUCAAAGGUUGAUUCGGGAAUUCAUACUUAUUUGUCUUCUCCAGCUAUAGUAAAUGGGUUUGUGGAAAUAUUAUCAGCUUCAUUAAAUAGGGAUGUACUAAGAACAACGAUUUACAUUCUCUCCAAGCUGAUAUAUGCAGAUGAUACAGUCGGGGGGCUUCUUACCAGCAUAGAUUCUGAUUUUUAUUGUUUGGCUGCUUUACUAAAUAAAGGUCUGGCUGAGGCUGCUGUUCUUAUGUACCUUCUCAGACCAUCAAUCUCUCAGCUUUCUGGUCACCACUUGAUGUCCUCCCUUGUCACUAUUAUUUCUAACAAAAAUGAAGAUACUAUGGGCCUUCAACUUGUUAUAGCUCCCAAAGAUGCUGCAGUAGCAUUGCUCGAGAGGAUUGUCACGGAAGGAGAUGAGAAUGACAGUUCACUUAAUGCCAUGAACAUUAUAUAUACAGAUGGAAUUCCUGCCUUGCUAAAUUGCUUAAACAGGGUGGAUGGAAGACAGUCCGUUGUGUCCAUCCUUUUAUGCUGUAUCCGCGUCGAUAUAACCUGCAGGACUAUGAUAGCAAACAGAAUCGAGUUAUCUCCUGUUCUUGAAUUGUUUUAUGGUGGAGAUGACAGUGUGAGAGGAAUAUGUAUAGAAUUUCUCUAUGAGUUGGUUCAGCUGAGCAGUAGAACAUUGAGCAACCAGAUUCUGCAGAUAAUUAAAGAUGAAGGGGCAUUUAAUACAAUGCAUGCACUUCUAGUCUAUUUACAAAUGUCUCCAAUGGAGCAGAAACCUGCCAUUGCCACCCUUCUUCUCCAGCUUGAUCUCUUGGUGGUUCCUAGGAAGAUGAGCAUCUACAGGGAAGAAGCCAUGGAAGCACUGUUAGAAACACUUCAGAGAAAAGACUUCCCAUCUUCUCAAGUUAUGGCUCUACAAGCCCUAUCAUCUAUUUCGGGACAUUUGAGUACCUCAGGGAAGUCCUGCAUGGAAGCAUUGUUGCUAAAGACGGCAGGGUUUGAUCAACCCUAUAAUGCCUUGAUGAAAGGGGAGGAACUUAAAAGAAAUGAAACAGAAUUUACUGAAAAAAGGAAAGAAGAGGAGAAAGCAGCAAGGUCUUGGGAAAAAAGAGUAGCCUUUGUGCUUUCCAACCAUGAGAAAGGGGUGAUUUUUAAAGCUCUAGAGGAAUGUUUUAAGAGCAAUUCGGUAGAGAUAGCAAAAUCUUGCCUUCUUGUGGCCACCUGGCUUGUGCACAUGCUCUACAGUUUUCCUGAUUGUGGUGCAAGGGAAACCGCUCGUAAAUCCUUGCUUGAUAAGUUCAUCAAUGUGCUACAGUCAUCAAGGAACUUGGAGGAGAAGAUUUUGGCAGCCCUUGCUUUGAGAGGAUUUGUUAGCGACCCAGGUGGACUCGAUGAAGUUGGGGUGUAUACCAAAUCUAUUUGGAAAAUCUUAAGGAAGCUUAAGAAGAGUUCCACAGCAGCCAGUGAUAUAUUGAAAGCUUUGAUGAACUUACCAUGUGUUGAUGCUGCAGAGUUGUGGUCCUGCACUGAAGGCCCGGAGUCAGAUGUGUCUAUGAAUGGCGAAGUUCUCUCAAUGGUUCAUAUAAGAAGCCGGUUGAUAAGCAGCCAUUCUGAUGGAACCAUAAAAGUGUGGGAUGCCAGAAAGAGAGUUCCCCGAUUGAUUCAGGAAGUUCGUGAACACUCAAAAGCUGUCACAUGCCUUUACGUUCCUCCUCCAUGUGACAAAUUGUACAGCGGAUCGUUGGACAAAACUAUCCGAGUAUGGUCAAUCAAACAAGAGGAAAUCCAUUGCAUUCGAGUUCAUGAUGUAAAAGAGAUAGUCCACGAGUUGACAGCUAAUGAUAAAGUCGCAUGCUUUUCAUCUCAAGGAACCGGAGUUAAGGUCUAUAAUUGGUCAGGAGUUCCAAAACAUGUUAACUUCAACAAAAAUGUGAAGAGCCUAGCCUUGACAGCUGAUAAACUCUACUGCGGUUGCACUGGUUGUAGUAUCCAGGAGGUGGAUUUAAGAAAUCUUACUUCAACUACAUUCUAUUCUGGUGCAAAAAAAUUGCUAGGGAAACAAACAAUAUACUCGUUACAAAUUUACAACGGUCUUUUAUUUGCUGGUGGUUCACUAGUUGAUGGUAUAGCAGGCAAGGUAUUCUCGCUCUGCAGCAAGGCAGUUAUAGGAUCAUUAUCAACUGGUUUUGACAUUCAACGAAUGGCUGUAAACAGUGACUUCCUAUUUAUGGCUACGAAGUGUGGAAUAAUAGAAGUAUGGUUAAAAGAAAGGGUGACCAAGAUUGCUUACGUUAAAACGGGAUGUGUGGGGAAUGCAAAAGUUAUGUCCUUGGCUACAGACUAUGAAGGACAGAGGCUUUUUGCUGGAUCCUCUGAUGGAAAACUCCAGGUUUGGAGUCUGGACUAG